CAGUUGGCGGGACGGAACAGGCGGACAGAACUGAACGUCCUAACCUCUCGUCUCUCCAAAACGUGGCCGCGAUUGUCAAUACUCAGCGAUUAUUCGAGGUCGUUUAAGUCCUUCCGGUGAGGCGCACGCGUGUAUUCGUGCGAUUGUAAACUAACGUGAUAUUCGGCUCUCUCGAGCGUUUAAUCCUCUAUCGCGACACGAUUGAUAUAUGUAAAUAUAGUCCGAUAGCUGAACAAGAUAACCUAAUCUGCGAACAGUUAGCUCGCGUAUAUAUGCGAAUAUGUCGAAAAAAGGUUGAAAUAUGAACGUCAUUUUGAUUUCUACGAGCUAAACCAUGAGUCUUUAUUGGGAUAUAUCUGACGAAGCAUAACUCUUUGAUUUUUCUGGACUUCUUGUAUUCAAAAGGAAACUGAUGGAAUCGACGAGAAAGAACGUUUCUUCGGGGAGUCAACUGAGAGAACAGGAUGGAAAAGGCAAAUGUCAGAAUUGUGAUACCGGUGAUAUUCAAGAAAAAAUGAAGAAAGUGGACGUGAAAACGUCUUCACCUACCAGUCUAUUGGCCAAAAACACUUUGAUAUUACCUACUGGAGUCAUUAGACCCGAGCGAGUGCAAGCAAAAACUGAAACAAUGCCCUCGUCUGGAUCUGCUACCGGAAACCCACGAAAUAAGACAGCCUUAGCACCGGGGCAUAGUCUGAUGGAUUGGAUCCGUUUGGGUAACUCGGGAGUUGAUUUAACCGGAGUCGGUGGUGUACCACGGGUUGUAACAUUAUCUGAGCUUGCUAAUCAUAAUAAGCAAACUGACGCUUGGAUCGCGAUACGUGGAGUGGUAUUCAAUGUUACGCGUUAUAUGGAUUUCCAUCCGGGAGGAGUCGAUGAAUUGAUGAGAGGCGUUGGGAAGGACGCUACGAAGUUAUUCGAAAACGUUCACGCUUGGGUGAAUUAUCAGAGCAUUCUACAAAAAUGUGUCGUUGGCAGAUUAAGCCGCGGCGCUUCUUCCACGUCGAGCACUUCUUCCAUAACGGAAAAGUCGGUUUCGAGUGUGAACAACCGUUCGUCCGUGACGUUAGAUCUAAGCAAAAGUUCCACUGCACAAAAGACAGCUGAAGAAAACUCUAUAGAUUCAUUUAAUGUAAAUAUGGAUUGGCGGCAAACAUCUAACUCCAUCACACUCUUUUAUCAAACUAUACGCGACUAUCCUGGAGUAUAUUAUCAAUUGCAAAGAUUAAGUGAUUCAAAGCUCAUUUUCAAGCUUAUUUUCGAAAAGCUCAUUAUUAUCGAUGAGCUUGAAUUAAUUGCAGAUGUGGAAUGGCCGCCAAUGUGUAAAAGGGAUUUCGAUAUAAUGCAGGUAGAUUUUACGUUCACAAAAAAGAUUAAAGAUAUUUGGAAAUCUCAGGGAAACCAUACGUUAUUGCGAGAAUCAAUCACGAACAAACGCACGUACAGAGAGUACAAAGUACUCAGUAAUACACCUCUUUGCAAACUAGUUAAUUUUUUAGUCUUGCGUGCGACGGAUUUUCUAGAACUAAUUCCCAUUGGUAGACACAUAGAAGUUAAAAUGAAUGUAAUGGGAAUGGAAGUAUCAAGGUCAUAUACGCCUGUCCCACCGUGCCUUCAUCCUGAAGAUAUGGCGCCAAAUUACAAGCCAGAUUGUAUUUGCUUAAUGAUAAAGCGAUAUCCAAAUGGUGCACUCAGUCCGUCCAUCACUAAAUUACAACCUGGCCAAAUUCUUACAAUGAGCAAUGGUUUAGGUGCCUUUGUAACCGAAUCUUUCGAUCGGUAUUCUGUCAUUCAUAUGCUAGCAGGUGGAACGGGUUUAACUGUAAUGUUAGGAAUAAUUCAGCGAGCAUUAGCAAGACGCAGCGUAACAUUAAUCAAUCUUCUAAACUUCAAUAAGGACGAAGACAAUAUGUUUUAUGUGGCACAACUUGACAAAGUGUCUGCAGAGAAGAAAUUUAAAGUUACGCACAUCCUUUCACAAGCAGGAGAUAAGUGGGAAGGUAGAUGCGGUACUGUAUCAGAUGAAUUAUUGAAGGAAUUGGUUGGCGAGUGUUCAUCGGAGGGAUGUGUAUUUACAUGUGGACCAAAAGGAUUUAUGCUAUCUGCAAAAAAGUGUAUUGAGAGACUUGGUUGGAAGCCUCAUCAAACAUAUGAAUUCGACGAAUAAUCGUCUGCAUUGAAAGUAUAUGUGCCGAAUAUGUGUUUUCUUUCUUUCUAGAGGCCUAAUAAAAAGAGAUACUCCUGUACCUGUUGAAUCACAUUUAGUCAAAUGUUAGUACAGAUGUUCUGGUGAUAGCCAUGUGGACUGUAAUGUGUCUAUAACCAAUGUGUAUUUUUCUGAAAUAAUGAAGAUUUCUAAGCACUUUUACUCCCGUCUCCGCCCAUAACGGUACAUUAUUAGCUAUGAAAGAUUGUAAUAUACACACUGUCUGUAAAGUAGAUUUACCUUUAUGUAAUUUUGCAAUUGUAUUGCAAUCAGGAAAUAGAGAUAAAUUGUUAUGCAAUUUAGGUAAAAGAUCUCUUUUAUAUAAUUUUAUUAUGAUUUUUGAAAUCAUUGUUUUGUAUCUGUUGCAGAGAAAAUGUUUCGUUAAAAAGAUUAUCCUUAUUAAAAUGAAUAUUUGCCAAGAAAUCAAAUGAUAAUUUUUGACACUUUUAAUUCAGUUUUCCUGAAAUAUAUCUUAUUUUUUGCAUAUAGAAACGCAAUUCAAAAAUAUGUGUUGAAUAUUGAUACAUACUAUGACAUGGUUGUUAUUUUGUUCUGGUAUGACUGAUGACGGUAUGAUGAGGUUUUUUCAUGCUAAUUAGCACAUAACAGCAAAGGUACUAAUUUUAAUUUUAUAUUAACGGUUGAACUACAACCAUACAUGUUACAUGCAUAUCUUUUCUAUGAGGGUUUUUAAAUGCCCAUUAUAUAAUGCACAAUUAAAUAAGCGGAUAAAAAUGCAAUGAGAGUAAUUUUAUGCGGAAUUUAUUCUUCGAUUAUAAUUAUAGAAUUUUGUAUAUUUCUCUUUUACAUAAGAUGAGUGAUUUUAUUAAUACGUAUUAUUUAUUGUUAAUACGUAUCGUUGGUGUUUUAUUUAUGUAAAUAUAUAUAU